UUGAUGCUCUCAACUCUGGUUGAGCCUGGGAGCUCCUGUUUCGAUCACUGGCGUCAGACGGACGCACGACCCGGACUCGAACCUUUUUUCUCUCUCUUUCUCUCUCCACCUUUUCUCCCGAGCAGCGUGGAUGUUGUUUCAGAAUCGCCACUUCUGGGACUUUUAAUUUGAAAGCGCCUCACGGGACCUGGAGAAUAUCCCUCGUCGUGUCACUUUGAGGGACCGACGGAUUUUUUCGUCUCCGCCGCGACAGGCACAUUAAAACGCGUUUUAUAUCAGUGUAAGCGGCUCGUGGACGACUCGCACCCGCGACCUCGACGUCUUCACGCCGUCGCCGCAGUCACCGGACCCCAGAUCAGUUGGGGAAGUGUCCAGGUUUUACGCGACUUCGGCUUUUUCCUCUCUUCUUUGAAUGCGUUGCAAAUAUGAUGAUGUCACCGACGCCACUUUUUCCUGAAGUUAUGGCGGAGCACAACUUUCCUAACUUCUCUUGGUGAGCGACACUCUCCCGGGCUUCGGGCUUCCAGCUGCACGUCGGACCACUGAGAGCACUUGGCUUUACUAAUGGAGCACCUCCAGGGAGCGUGGAAGACUCUGAGCAACGGCUUCGGAAUGAAGGACUCUGCGUUCGAGGGCCCGUUGCUCUCACCAACCAUGGUGCAGGGCUUUCACUGCCAGCGCCGCUCCUCGGAUGACAGCAAGAUGCCCGACUCCAAGGCUAGCAGCACUAUCCGAGUCUACCUCCCAAACCAGCAACGCACUGUGGUAAACGUGCGACCGGGUAUGACUCUGCAGAAUUGCCUGAUUAAAGCGUUGAAGGUGCGAGGUCUGCAGCCUCAGUGCUGCGCCGUCUUCAGGCUGCAUCCAGGACAGAGGAGUAAAAAACUCCGGAUGGAUUGGAAUACCGACUCCUACUCUCUGAUCGGGGAGGAGCUGCUGGUGGAGGUUUUAGAUCACGUCCCUCUGACAACGCAUAAUUUUGUCCGGAAAACAUAUCUGAAACUUGCUUUCUGUGAUAUUUGCCAGAAGUUUCUUUUGAAUGGUUUCCGUUGCCAAACGUGUGGUUACAAAUUCCACGAGCAUUGCAGCACCAAAGUGCCCACCAUGUGUGUGGACUGGAGCAAUAUCAGACAACUGCUCCUGUGUCCAACACCCGGUGAGAGCGGUGCCCCGUCCCUGCCGUCACUGACGUCCCGGCGAAUGAGAGAGUCCUUAACCCGGUUUCCAAGCUCAGCCCACCGAUAUUCAACCCCUCAUGCCUUCAACUACACCACGCCCUACCCACCCACAGGCGCUGGUCUCUCCCAGAGGCAGCGCUCCACUUCCACGCCCAACGUCCACAUGGUUAGCACUACCCUGCCUGUAGACUUCAGCAUGAUUGAGGAUGCAAUGCGUGAUCACGACUCGGGGGGGAGUUCCCCCAAUCAAAGCCCUACAGGCUGGUCCCACUCCAUGGCCCCAGCACCCGCCCAGCGAGAGAGGGUCCCGUCCUUUAAUACGCAUGAGAAAAAUAAAAUUAGGCCUCGGGACAAGCGGGACUCGAGUUACUACUGGGAGAUUGAGGCCAGCGAGGUGUACCUGAAUUCCCGCAUCGGCUCAGGCUCCUUUGGAACUGUGUACAAAGGGAAAUGGCAUGGUGAUGUAGCAGUGAAGAUUUUAAAGGUGACCAACCCCACACCGGAGCAGUUCCAGGCCUUCAGGAAUGAAGUGGCUGUCUUGAGGAAAACACGACAUGUCAACAUCCUGCUGUUCAUGGGCUACAUGACGAAGGACAACCUGGCCAUCGUGACCCAGUGGUGUGAGGGCAGCAGCCUCUACCAGCACCUUCAUGUCCUGGAGACAAACUUAAAGAUAAUCCAACUCAUAGACAUCGCCAGGCAGACAGCUCAGGGCAUGGACUACCUGCACGCAAAGAACAUCAUUCAUCGUGACAUGAAGUCCAACAAUAUCUUCUUGCACGAAGGGCUCACAGUGAAGAUUGGGGACUUUGGUCUGGCCACAGUGAAGGCCAGGUGGAGCGGCUCCCUUCAGGUGGAGCAGCCGUCUGGAUCCAUUCUCUGGAUGGCUCCUGAGGUUAUCCGGAUGCAGGAUAACAAUCCCUACAGCUUCCAGUCUGAUGUCUAUUCCUAUGGAAUUGUUCUUUUUGAGCUCAUGACGGGAGAGCUCCCAUACGCCCUCUUAGCAAAUAGAGAUCAGAUUAUCUUCAUGGUGGGAAGAGGAUAUUUGUCCCCAGACCUGAGUAAGCUCUACAAGACCUGCCCCAAAGCCAUGAAAAGGCUGGUGGCCGACUGCAUCAAGAAGCUCAAGGACGAGAGGCCACUCUUCCCGCAGAUCUUGUCCUCCAUCGAGCUUCUCCAGCACGCCCUCCCCAAGAUAAACCGCAGUGCCUCAGAACCGUCCCUGCACAGAGCCUCUCACACCGAGGACAUCAACUCCUUCACUCUGACUUCCACCAGAAUGCCUGUGUUCUAGAGGCUCGGGCAGCGCCGUCCCUCCUCCUCCUCUCGUCACACUUCCCCUCGUCUUCCUCUUUGAAAUAUCCUGAAUAGUCCAAAUGCUCAGAACAACCAAAUUCUCUACAUGCAGAUGCCAGUAUAGGCGUAACAAUGUACAGCACAUGCAAUCAAUCAUAAACCUAAAGCAUAUCAGUAAAAUGUGUGAGGAUAAGAGGAAAGUGUGGAGAGAAGCACUGCUGAGUUUGACUCUGAGAGGGGCUGAGUGAUGAUGGAUUGCAGUGGACACAAAGAACAUACAUGGAGGUGGUGCCUUGCUUUACCACUGCACAUAUUAAGAAGUAUGCAGUGGCUCCGCGGUGGCAGUGCAUUUGGUAAAAGUUGUAAAUACACGCACGCACACCUACUGAAGACAGCGAUAACUGGACAUUGAAGGAAGCUCAAGAGAAGGACAGGCGCGUCUCUUGAUGCGGGUUCUGUGAUGUGAAGCACACCCGUCGAUCCGGUCGCCCUGGUUUCUGAUGAAGAGGACCUUACCUGCCUUAAGAGGAAACAACGCCUGGACAAAGAUCCUGCACAACUUCACUUCCUCUUGUUAUCACAAACAAACCCGUUGGAUGUAGUCCACUUAGUUGCACAGUAGUAGUUAAUUUGACAUUGUCUCACAUGAUAAUGGAGUAGAUAUGGGAAAUUUGUCCUGUUAUUGUUGUCCUGAUCGUCUUUGACUUCUUUUUAUCGUCUUUAUUUUUUUUGGGUCUAUUUGGAGGAAUUCUAGCCUGUCAGACAGUGAGCGAUGAUGGAAAACUUUUGCACAUCUCAGCAAAAGCAAUGGUUGUGUUUCAACAGUGGUUUCGUAGCUCGGAGUAAACUGAACUGCAGAGAACACCCCCCCCCACCCCCCCCCCCCCCCCCCCCUCCCCACAUUCUCAUCGGUCCUUCCAUGCGUUGGUUAUCUCGAGCUGGAACUUUGGCGGUUGUCUUAAAUAUUUUAAAUGAUUUUUGGAAACUAACUUGUAUUUGUUUAUCAUGUCUCUUUCAGGAGGUUAAACGUUUUAUUGUGAACUUGGUGAGAAAGUUGUCGAUUCAAUAUUUUAAUAAAAUUAAGUUAAAAUUUCUUUGCCAGAA